AUGAAUCUAAAUGAAAAGCUACAGGAGGCAAUCAAUACCCGGAAUAAAAUUGUAGAUAAACAUGCGCCUAUCAAGCUGGCUAGCCAAAGCAAGCAAAGGCAACUUAAUAAGCCAUGGCUCACUAAGGGUAUCCUAAAAUCGGUAAAAAGGAAACAGAAAAUGUACCAUACACAUUUCUUAAGCAAGGACUUACAAAAAAUCGGGGAAUAUAAACAUUAUGCAGCUAUUCUUUCACAUCUUAAGAAUAAAAGUAAGACAGAAUACUAUAACAUGCAAUUUGCAAAGUACAAAGACAACCUCAAGCAAACUUGGAAACUUAUUGGUACUCUUGUUAAAAGGAAAACCAAAGGUCAAACUUUCCCCACGAGAAUCACUCACAAUAACAGGACUUUUACACAAGAAAAGGACAUUGCCGAAUUAUUUAAUAACUUCUUUGUAACCAUUGGGCCAACUUUAGCAAAGGAAAUCAAAACUGAUCUACAGACCCUUUGCAAUAUAUAG